AUGGAUAGCAUGAGUGAGGCAUUUGAUCAAAUGCAAAUGGUCAAGGAUGUUCUAGCCAACAGUGAUAAAGUUUCAGAGGUCCUACAAGAGUCUACUCAUCAGUUCAACCUGCUUACUUCACCCACCUUCCUACCAAAGGUCAAGGAUCAAGGGAAAUUCACUCUCCCUUGCACACUUGGGCAUCUUGAGAUUGACAAUGCCUUAGUGGAUUCUGGAGCAAGCAUCAAUCUGAUCUCUCUCUCCAUGGCAGAGAAGCUAGGCAUUGCUGGAGCCUUGCAGCGCCCUACUACUUCAAUCAUGUUUGGAGAUGCAACUUCUAAGUCUCCUCUUGGAGUGUUCAAGAACUAUCACUUGAAAAUUGGAGAAUGCAUCAUCCAAACUGAUCUCACUGUGAUGGAAAUGGAAGAAGAGAAGGAUUUACCUCUGUUAUUGGGAACCCUUUCCUUACCUAGAGGUUCAGACUUUUGUGCCACAAUUGACAGUACCACUCUCAGUUCUAAGAGUCAUGGAGCUACAAAGGUUGUGAAGGAAAGGGUUGACAAGGAACCAAGAGUUGGGAAGGAUAAGGUUGAGAGAGGACCAAGGAUUGAGAAGCCACGUCUUGAGAGGGCUAGAGUUGAGAAACCACGUUCUGAUAGACCACGAGCUGAUCGACUUGUUCAAGCCCCUUGUGUGCUUGAUGAAGAGAGCCUUCAAGCUUUGUUUGAUGAGCCACUAGGAAGGGCUCUAAAAGAAGGGGAGGAUGCAGCCUCUAAGGCAAGACCAGGGAUAAAAGAAAGGAUCCACCAGCUCAGGCCCCUUCAUCAAGCCAUCUCAGCUCACAAUGACUUUGUUCCCCACCAAGUUUGA